AAUUGCCACCACUUUUCAUCUUUUUUUUCUCGACACUCCAUCUCAAGAUUUCCAUCAAAGUUCCAAACUUUAUCAAAUGGGCAUCUCAUUUAGCAGCAGAAAUAGAAGAAACAACAAUUAUUAUCAUCAUCAAAACCAUCCUCCUCAACUAAUUUCAUCAUACCCAUCUUCUGAUCCUUCUUUUUCUUCACCCCCACCAUACAACUACCCACCGCCGCCGCCGCCGCCGCCGGCUCCGCCAGUCUACCACCAACAUCCCCACCAACAAAACCCAUAUGAUGGAAAUAGCUAUUCCAACAACCCCAUGAUGAUUGUUAGGCCUAAUUUUGGACCUUACGUUAAUAAUAAUUACAACUAUGGGUGGCGGCCGGUGGCGCCGCCGCCAGUACUACCUAUGUUGCCGCCGCCAGCUUAUGUUGAACAUCAGCAAGCUAAGAAAGUUAAGAAUAAUGUGAAUUUACAUAAAGAUACUUUGAAAGUUGAAGUUGAUGAUUUGAACCCAGAUUGUUAUUUGGUUUCCUUUGUUUUUGAUGCCCUUUUUGAUGGCAGCAUAACCAUAUAUUACUUUGCAAAGGAAGAGGCUGAUUGUAAGUUUGUUCCAUUAUAUGCUGAAGCAUUUGUACCAGUCAAAGUCUCAUUCAAGAAAGGAAUUGGCCAAAAGUUUCAACAACCCUCAGGAACCGGCAUUGACUUAGGAUUCUUUGAGUUGGACUCUCUUUCAAAACCAUCAUCUGGGGAAGAUGUUUAUCCGCUUGUGAUAUGUGCAGAGACAACCAUGCCGCCGUUACCAACUGAUGAACAUCUUUAUAAUCCAGUACAAAAUACCGUUACUACCCCUCACAUGCAAAUUACACAAGCUGUUUUGGAGAAAAACAACGGGCAUCCUUUUCAAGUGAGAGUUAUGAGACAAAUAUUGUGGAUCGAUGGAGUUCGGUAUGAGUUACGCGAGAUUUAUGGAAUUGGGCAAUCUGAGGAAAGUUUUGAUGAUACAGGUUCUGGAAAAGAAUGUGUUAUUUGUAUGACAGAACCUAAAGAUACUGCUGUACUUCCAUGUCGGCAUAUGUGUCUAUGCAGUGAGUGCGCCAAAGCAUUGAGACUUCAAUCAAACAAAUGCCCAAUCUGUCGUCAAAAUAUCGAGAAGCUAAUGGAGAUCAAAAUUAAUACAAAUGAUCGGUGAUGUAUCCUUUUCUUUUUACUGAAUCCAUAAAAAAAAAUUAAGAUACAAAGUAUAUUCUUUUCUUCUUGUCCAGUCUUGUGAUGUAGAUAAUAUUAUCAUGUAUGUAUGUUAAAAGCUGCGAGUUAAUAUUCUUUGUUUUUGUAUUAA